GCGCGCGCGCGUCACCGAGCGCAUCCUUGAGGAGCGCGCAGCCGCUGAAGAAAACAUCCUACAGCUCGACCACCCGUUCAGCUGGAGGAUCGGCCUAGAGAAAUUCAUGGAAAUUAAAUAGAAAUUCAUUACCUUUGCUUUUUGUUUUUUGUUUUCUGAUCACAGCCAAGCCAUUGGACGCCAAAAUGGCUGAGAUGACCAAUUUAAAACCAACCUAUGAUGUGUCCCCAGUGCUUGCAGGUUUUCUGGGUGCAGGGGUCUUGGUUGUGUCCGUGACAGUGGCUGUUUUCCUGUGGACAUGCUGUCAGAGGCGAUAUCGUCAAAUGACAGGUGCGUACAAGCUGACCAGUGGCCCCUACGACCCCCCCGUCGACCCCCCCUACAAGUUCAUCCACAUGCUCAAAGGCAUCAGCAUCUACCCUGAAACCCUCAGCAACAGCAAGAAGAUUGUGCGGGUGGGACGUCGCUCUGCAUCGAACUCCUUGUUGAGAGAAUGGGGUCGCGGAUCUCGAAACGGUGACGUGCUGCUUGUGGAUGCAGACCCUGAAUGUGGUACCACACACCUACAAAUGAACCACCUGGUCCCUCCUGUGGGUCCUCCUAGACUGGAGAGGGCGCUGCCUAUCCGGGCCGACUACUGCUGUAUGGAGAGCAGCUCAGGAAGCAGCAGCGAAGCUCACAGCAAAACGGCGUCUCCUUACAGUCUCAACUCCCCUUCUCUGGGGACGCUCAGUUUGGCUAUUGACUACAACUUCCCCAAGAAAGCCCUGGUCGUGACUAUCAUAGGGGCGCAGGGGCUCCCAGCAGUGGAUGAACAGGCAGGCAGCUCUGACCCCUAUGUGAAGAUGACCAUUCUGCCUGAGAAGAAGCACCGGGUGAAGACGCGUGUUCUGAGGAAGACUCUGGAGCCUGUGUUUGACGAAACGUUCACUUUCUACGGUGUCCCAUACAGCUCGCUGCCAGAGCUUACACUGCACUUCCUGGUGCUCAGCUUUGAUCGGUUUGCACGGGAUGAUGUCAUCGGGGAGGCAGUGGUGCCGUUAGAAGGCGUGGAUCCCAGCACGGGGAGAGCGCACAUCACCCAGCAAAUUAGCAAGAGGAACACACAGUGUGAAAGCCGUGGGGAGUUGCUGGUCUCUCUGUCCUAUCAUCCUGUUACUCACAGGCUUAAUGUGGUUGUCCUAAAGGCCAAACACCUUCCAACCAUGGACAUCACUGGCCUGUCAGGCAACCCGUAUGUUAAAGUGAACGUCUUCUACGGCCGCAAACGCAUAGCCAAGAAGAAGACACACGUGAAGAAAUGCACACUCAAUCCCGUAUUCAAUGAAUCAUUUAUCUACGAUGUUCCCGCUGAGCUAAUGCCGGACAUCUCCGUGGAGUUUCUGGUCAUCGAUUUUGACCGCACAACAAAGAAUGAGGUCGUGGGUCGGCUGGUUUUGGGUGGUCAGAGCCCCAUUCCAUCAGGGGUCACCCAUUGGAGGGAAGUCUGUGACAACCCGCGGCGGCAGAUCGCCAAGUGGCAUAACCUUAUAGAGUACUAGUGUCUGGCUAAAAAGCAAAGUGUAUUAUACCACUUCCUUCCUAUCAGUCCCUCUAUAGAAAGAAGCUCUCAUUAAACAGUCUCUCCUUUUCCAUAUACAGAUAGUGAGUGGACGAGUGAGUGUGUCAGUACAAAGGAUCAGGAGCACUCUAAUGGAAACACUUUUCAAGUUCUCUAAAGAACUAUUAGCAAAAAAGCUUCAUCAUAGCAAAAAGAAAAAAGAAAAAAUGGCCAUGCUAAUGUGGUCUUCGGCUCUGAUUAGAAGUAUACGACACAGUAUCCUCAGAGCCUUUCACCAGUAUAUUCAUAAUAUACACACACUACUUUCGAUUAGCCGCAUGUUAGCGAUAAUAAGACACUUUUACCAUAAAAGAGAACUGCGAGCUUCAAGCCCACUUUUUCGAGAAAAUUAAGCGUGAAUGUUUUCGUAGUGUAGGAUAAAAUUGAACGAAUGGUGAUAUAAGCUGGACACCAUCAUGAACAUUUUUGCUAACAUGCUAAUACUUACAAGGUUGAAAUAUGGCUAUUAUUCAUAUUCAGCUAAAGCGUUUUUAGCAGUGCUUAAUCUUUUUUAAGAUGCCAUUUGUCUGAAGAUACAAAACGUGAUGUUAGGAUUUCAGUCAUUCGUCAAAAAUGAAAAUUUAUGACCUUCAGCUCA